UGAAUGGCUUCGGAUGAUUACUUGAGCAAGGCCGACUUAGGGUUUGAAUUCCACCAACAGAAAAAGGAAGAAAAGAUCGAGAAAGAAGAAUCCGUCGACUUCUCUUUGUUCUCUCUAUCUUCUUCGCUUGGUCAAGUUAAUCGGGAUUUAUAUACGUAUAUCUAUCCUUACACAAAUUCUAUCUUCAAUUUCUUUGUUAAUUUCCUGACUUACGUAAAAAGUAACAAAUUUCUCAUGUUGGGAAGUAUCAAAAAAAUGUCUUGCUUUUUCUUAUGAGGCAUAACCAGGACUAAUUGCGUUCUACUUCUAUUGCAAUUUUGUGCUAUUGACUUUGUAUCCGUGUUCAAGAAUCGAUACUUUUGGAAAAAAUGGAAUCCGAAUCCGCAAAGGUGUUGGGUAAUGGCUAUCAGGUUGUGGUUGGCAUGAACAGACGGAGCUCAGUCCGAAAUGACAAUGAACCGACUGGUGUCAACUCCAAGUUACCUUGCCGUAUUUCAUUAAACCCGUCAACUAGGAAGAUUACUAAGAGAGUGAACUUGGGUGCACUCAGUGGUCUGUAUGGUGAUAAAGCUGCUCGUGUGAGAUCUGCGUAUAAGUGUUAUUCAAGUUUUACGAAUAGUGGAGUUCCACAGCGGCUGAUGUACUAUCAGAACGGUGAAUGGAGUGAUUUUCCUUGUGAUGUUGUGAAUAUAGUUAAAAAAGAUCUCUGGAUGAAUAAAGCGACCAGUCAAGUGGAGUUUAAUGAUAAUCUAUUUGUUCUAGAUUUUGUGCAUAUGAUGCUUUUGAACCUGAAGACCGGCCUAGGGCAAUCUAUUGCCUGGAUUGAUGAAGCGGGUCAAUGCUUCUUCCCAGAGACCUUUGUUGAUGAUGAAGCUGCUGAUCAUAAUGAUCAAUCUGGAUUGCCUCAUCAGUACCAUCUUCAACUGGAAAUUGAAGUGGAUGGAUUAGAUUGCCAGAAGUUGAACGAAUACACUGAUGAGUCAAAUGAUGUGGUAAGAACAUCUGAUGUCGGCACCUAUAAUGUAGAAGUUGAGGUGAAUUGUGUAACACCUGAUCAAAACGUUUCUGGGGACGCUGUAGAAACUAACGAAGUUGUGAAAUAUUUUGUGAAUGACAUUAGUUCUGAUUCUAGAAAUCUUGAUUCUGAUACUAUAAGUAAAAUGUUUUUCAAUAGUUUGGGCUCAUCUGUAAAGGCAGAGAUCCUCGAAAUUUAUCGCAGUUCUGGUGCUUCAGCAGAUGCUCGUCUGGAGCUAUUCCAAAAGCAACUUGAGAUCACCAAAAAGUACCGUGGUGAUGCAAAUGUUCAAUAUGCUUGGCUUCCGUUGCCGAAAGCUGCAGUUUCCAGUAUCAUGAAGUAUGGGGUUGGGUAUCAAGCCAUGCCAAAAACUAAGCCCACAUUUGGUGUUGGUGUUUAUCUGACACCGUUAAACUUAGUUGCUACUGGUGUAAAUUAUUGUGAUGUUGACGAAAAUGGGGUGCGACACAUGGUAUUCUGUCGAGUAAUAAUGGGGAACACGGAAGUUCUUCAUCCAGGAUCCAAUCAGUUCCAUCCAAGUAGUGAAGAGUAUGAUAAUGGCGUGGAUGAUCUUCACUGUCCAAGUCAUUAUAUAGUGUGGAAUAUGAAUAUGAACACUCAUAUUUACCCAGAAUUUGUGGUCAAUUUCAAGGUGUCUUCUGAUGAUGCAGGAUUUCUUGCUGCAAAUGAAAGUAGGCUUGAUAACUCAGGAAUCACUACUUGUUCUCAGGGAGUGCAGGCGAAUAACCGCGAGCAGGUCUUGAAGGAGAGAUUUCAAGCUUCAACUGGCAGAAGGACCCCAAAAUCUCCCUGGAUGCCUUUUACUCUUCUAUUUCAUGAAAUUGAAAACAAAGUACCUCCCAAUGACAUGAAAUUAGUUAAAGACAAUUACCAGUUGUUUCUGAUGAAAAAGAUAAGUCGUGAUGACUUUGUCAAAGGGCUGAGAUUGACAUUUGGUGAUUCUCUUUUAAGGUCUACAAUAACAAACCUUCAAUAUAAGGUAACUGGAAAUUCAAAGAAUGAAGUAUCAGGUGAAGUAGUAGCAAUAGCAGCAGUUAAAGAAGAAGGAGCUGGGAGUUCAAACAGCCUCUAGAAUUGAGAAUUACCUAGAAUCAACAACAAUGUGUGAAUAUUUAGAGGAAGUUUUAAUUGCUUUUGAAUUCUCUCUAUCGUUUCGACUUUGUUUUCAAGAUUUCAGCACCUUUUUAAGACCCUCCAUUUGAACAAACUUAAGUAGUGUUAUUUUGUUGUUGUUGGAAUUCCUUCUUUUGCACAUCUUCUCAACUCCAAAUUAAUUAGCUUUGCAUUUUCUCAA